AUGAGCAAACAAGAAACAAAUUGGAAGUUCAGCCAAUGUUUUGGUGACAAGGGAGACAUUGAGAAUAUCACCGAAGCUGAUAUUAUAUCGACAGUUGAAUUUGAUCAUACUGGUGAUUUCUUAGCAACCGGUGAUAGGGGAGGCAGAGUUGUAUUAUUUGAGAGGAAUGAGAACAAGAAAACAUGUGAGUACAAAUUCUAUACUGAAUUCCAGAGUCAUGAUGCCGAGUUUGAUUACUUGAAAUCCCUUGAGAUUGAGGAGAAAAUCAAUAAGAUCAAAUGGUUGAAGAGGUCAAACGAGAGUAAAUUUUUGUUAAGUACAAACGACAAAACUAUUAAACUAUGGAAAGUCUUUGACAAACAAAUUAAGAUUGUCAGUGAAAAUAACCAUAACAAUUUGAAUUUGAAUAUGAGUAACGAAUCGACCACCAAUAUCAAUAACCAGUUAGAAAAAUUUCAAACAAAUCCCAACUUAAUAAGUAAUCCAUUUAUGGAAUCAUUGAAAUUGCCAAGAUUAACAUAUCAUGACACUAUUAUAGCAGCUCAGCCGAAGAAAGUCUAUGCUAAUGCACAUGCUUAUCAUAUUAAUUCAAUUAGUGUUAAUUCAGAUGAGGAGACCUUUAUAUCAAGUGAUGAUUUGCGGAUCAAUUUAUGGAAUUUAGGUAUUGAGGAUCAAAGCUUCAAUAUAGUCGAUAUCAAGCCUACCAAUAUGGAGGAGUUGACCGAAGUUAUUACAAGCAGUGAGUUCCAUCCGAUUGAUUGCAAUUUGUUUAUGUACUCCUCAAGUAAGGGCAUGAUCAAAUUGAACGAUAUGAGAAUGAAUUCAUUGUGUGAUAACCAUGUAAAGAUAUUUGAAGAAUAUAUCGACCCAUCAAAUCACAAUUUUUUCACUGAAAUUACGUCUUCGAUAAGCGACGUUAAGUUCAGUCCAAAUGGUAGAUAUAUUGCCAGUAGAGAUUAUAUGACAGUCAAGAUCUGGGAUAUCAAUAUGGAAACAGAGCCUAUUAAGACCAUCAAUAUCCACGAGCAAUUGAGGGAGAGAUUGUGUGAUACGUACGAGAAUGAUGCGAUAUUUGACAAAUUUGAAGUUCAAUUCAGUGGUGAUAACAAAUCAAUCAUGACAGGGUCAUAUAACAAUAAUUUUAUGAUUUAUGAGAAUGUUGUUGGUCCUGAAUCGGACGAACCAGAGAGUGAGGUUCUCUUGCAGGCAGAUAAGAGUGCAUUCAAAAACAAGAAAAACACCAAGAGGAAAGGCAUGCUAGGCUCAAGCAGCGGAAAUAAUAAUAGCAAUACCAAUAACAACAGUAAUAAUAACGGUGGAAUCAAUAAACUGGACGGUGAAUUGAUAGAUUUCAAGAAGAGCAUCUUGCAUUCCAGUUGGCAUCCACAUGAGAAUUCAGUUGCCAUUGCAGCCACUAAUAAUUUGUAUAUUUUCUCUGCAUUGUAA